AUGGCUGAGGGAGGCGGAUCCGAAUCGGGUAGCGGGGCUGAGCCUGAUGCGGAGCCGGUAUCUGGUCAGACACGCGUACCUUUAACGGACAGCCAAAAGCAGGGUAUUGAGCGACUUCUAAAGACACCAUUGCGAAACGGAGAUGAAUGGUUUCUGGUUGACUGUCGGUGGUUUAAACAGUGGAAGAAGUAUGUGGGUUUUGACAGUUGGGAUCUGUAUAAUGUUGGACAUCAGAGUCUUUAUCCAGGACCUAUUGACAACUCCGGGCUGUUCUUGGACAAUGAAACUCAGACCCUGAAGGAAAACCUUAUAGAUGAGCUGGACUAUGUUCUUUUGCCCACUGAAGCCUGGAACAUUCUUGUUGGGUGGUACGGGUGCUUGGAGGGCCAGCGCCCCAUCGUCAGAAAGGUGGUGGAAUACGGCAUGUUUGUGAAGCACUGUAAAGUUGAGGUCUACCUACUGGAGCUCAAUUUAUGUGAGAACAAUGACAUGGAGAAUGUGGUGACGAGACAUUUCAGCAAGGCUGACACCAUAGACACGAUCGAGAAGGAGAUGAGGUCACUGUUCAAUAUCCCAAGAGAAAAGGAGACCCGUCUGUGGAACAAAUACAUGAGCAACACGUACGAGCAGCUGAACAAACCGGACAGCACCGUGCAGGAUGCUGGCCUCUUCCAGGGCCAGGUGCUUGUGAUUGAACGGAAGAAUCAGGAUGGCACAUGGCCCAGGCAAGCCAAACACUCAAAGUCUAGUACCACCACAUCUCGGAACUUCUCUACCUCUCCAAAGCUUUCCUCCAGCUCCUCGGCCACCAUCACUUCGACGGUGACCAACGGGAACAGCGGCAUUAACUCCGAUUACACGCUGAACAACAGCACCUCCUCUGACAGCAGUUUGGGAGGCUACAGUUCCUACAGUUCAUCCUACAACUACAAAGAAUCCCAGUCCCAGCCAGGCCUGUGUGGCCUCAGUAACCUGGGCAACACCUGCUUCAUGAACUCUGCCCUGCAGUGCCUGAGCAACACCUCCCCUCUGACAGAAUACUUCCUGAAUGACCAGCAUGAAGCCGAGCUGAACCGGGAGAAUCCGCUGGGAAUGAGGGGGGAGAUUGCUGAGGCUUACGCUGACCUGGUCAAGCAGAUCUGGCUCAGCCGGAGCUGCUUUGUAGCUCCCCGCACAUUUAAGACCCAGGUGGGGCGCUUUGCACCCCAGUUCUCAGGGUACCAGCAGCAGGACUCUCAGGAGCUGCUGGCCUUCCUGCUGGACGGGCUUCACGAGGACCUCAACCGAGUGAAGAAGAAGCCUUAUCUGGCUCUGAGGGAUGCAGAGGGCCGACCAGACGAGAUCGUAGCAAGAGAAGCCUGGACAAACCACCGUCUGCGCAACAGCUCUGUCAUAGUGGACAUCUUCCACGGCCUCUUCAAGUCUACUCUGGUUUGCCCUGAGUGUUCUAAGGUCUCUGUGACCUUUGACCCUUUCUGCUACCUCACUCUGCCCCUUCCCAUGAAGAAGCACCGCAGCAUUGAGGUUCUCCUGGUCCGCGCCGACCCCCAGGCCAGACCCAUGCAGUACAGGGUGGUGGUUCCCAAGCUGGGCAAUGUGGCUGACCUCUGUGCUGCCUUGUCUGCUCUCUCUGGACUCCCUGCAGGGAAUAUGGUGGUGGCUGACGUUUACAGUCAUCGGUUUCACAAAAUCUACAGACGGGACGAUGGCCUCAGUAACAUCCUGGAGAAAGAUGACAUCUUUGUGUACGAGGUGGAGGAGGAGGACACAGAGAAGCUCAACCUGCCACUGUACUUCCGGGAGCGGCACGUGAAGCACACGGGCGGCUCCAUGGGCACCAUGCUCUUCGGCCAGCCGCUCAUCAUCACCAUCCCCCGCCAGAACCUCACCGUCGACCUGCUGUAUCACAAAGUGCUGGAGCGGAUAGGGCGCUAUGUAAAGCAGCCCCAGCGCUCUGCUUCUGAGACCAAGAUCUCUGCCUCCCGGAGCAGCAGCAGCAGCAGCAGCAGCCAAGCAGCAGAGUCCGCAACGGCAACCAAUCACAACGCAAACCUGGCGAGGUGUGAAAGCCCUCAUUCAGUUGAGGCUUCAUGCAGCUCAGGGUUUACCAAUGGCACUGACCGACCACAGGGGGGACAUUCUGGGACCUGCAAUGGCCCCAAUGGCAUGUGUGGAGAGGAGGAGGAAGCUAUGGAUCAGCAGGUUAGCCCGGUGCCACAGAGCAGCCAAUCGGAGUCCUCGGUGGGGGAGGACGAGGACUCGCAGGCCCUGGAGAAUGGCACCAUUGGCGGCACUUCCAAGCUGAGCAGAAAGCGUGGCUCCAUUCGGCGCAAGCUGUUCUCUUUCAACAUGGUGAACUCGUAUGGAACAGCCAACAUCAGCCCACUGCCUUGCGAGGGAAACAUCCUCAAACUCAACAUGCAUUCCACAGUGGCAAUGGACUGGAACUGGGAAAUUAAGAAGCUGUGCUUCGAUGACAGAGAGGCCGAGGCAUUUGAGAGACAUGAGAGCAUGCUUCAGCAGCAGAAGAAGAAGUCCACCGUGGCCCUCAGGGAGUGCAUCGAGCUCUUCACCACCAUGGAGACGCUGGGAGAGCACGACCCCUGGUACUGCCCCACCUGUAAGAAGCACCAGCAGGCCACUAAGAAGUUUGACCUGUGGUCUCUGCCGCACAUCCUAGUGGUGCACCUGAAACGUUUCUCCUAUAACCGCUGCUGGAGGGAUAAACUGGACACAGUGGUAGACUUCCCUGUUAGGGACUUGAACAUGUCAGAGUUUGUGUGCGAUCCUAUGGCAGGGCCCUACGUGUAUGACCUCAUCGCCGUGUCCAACCACUAUGGUGGAAUGGGUGGAGGGCACUACACAGCCUAUUGCAAAAACAAAUCUGACGGAAAGUGGCAUUACUUUGACGACAGCAGCGUCUUCCCUGCUACGGAAGACCAGAUUGUGACAAAAGCAGCCUAUGUCCUGUUUUAUCAACGCCGAGACGGAGACGGGCGCACCAGCCGCCCCCCCUCGGCCUCCAUGGGGGAGGCGUCUGAGACGGGAGACGAUCACAUGGACACUAACUGAGAGGCCAGGCGUUCAGGGACAUGCACUGAAACGAACUGAGACACGUUAACGCACACACCAAGCCACUUCGGAUAUUUAAGACUCCGCUGUUUUUCUCUCUCCUGCAUAUUUUAUUUUCAUCCACAGUCAGCAAGAGCCAAAAAAGUAAAAAAACAACACACCCUUGUUAGUUUUUACAUUUGUCCUGAGAGAGACAGUCCUUGGGGCCUGUGGCCUGAAGACAGUUGGCGAAAAGGAGGGGAAAAUGACAGUGAAACCACUGGCUGGACAACCGGAAUGUUAGACUUUGCCUAAAAUAGAUUCAAUCAAAUGUUUCUCUCAUCCUCUAGAAGAUUCUCAAAAUAGUAAAAGCCAAAUGCACAUGUUGUUUCAACCAAAGUGCUUCAGGUAAUACACAUUUGUCAAAUCUGCCAACUGUAUUGAGCAUGGGGGUGGGGGAAAUAUUUACCUAUUACAUCUGUCAUUUUGGUUUCUACCUAUAAAUGGGUUGGAGCUCCUCAAUUUAGAGAUUGAAAUAUAUGCAACUAUAUGAAAAGUAUUUAACAUUGUAGUAAGGCAGUAAGUACCCAGAACCCUGCUCCCCAUCAGAAUAUCUUGAUUUAUUUUCCCUGCAGUAAUUGGGUCUCAAGCAGCAGUGUUCUCUCCCCUUUCUCACAAUGUUUUGCCUGCUCCUCAGUAUUUGCAGUGCAAGGAGCAGCCAUGUUUGGUGAUCGAAGAUGGUAGACUUAGUCCACAUCUACCAGAAACUGUUCUUUGGGGCUCCAUCUUGCAUUCUCACUGGAAACUAGAAAGGGAACAAUACAAACAUUGACAACUAAGUGCUGCUCUAACAGAAGCACCAGCUGCCUUUUAACAGUGGGGUAUGUCACUAGUGGGAAUUAUUUGAGAUUUAAGAGUAUAUUUUCUGUAUGAGUUCUGAAGUUGUUUCUUGUUUGGCUUGUAUGAAAUAAAUACAUGUACAAUCUGUAAAUUCCCAGGAGAGGUAAAAUAUAAAUUUCUUUUUAUUGAGAGAAUUGUUUCACAUAGUUCUUAUUUAAGCUUUUUGUUCUUUUUGUGCAGGGAAACCAGUUUUGGAAGAAUAAUAAAGUUUCUUAAAUGUAA